UCUAAGAUUAUUCAGGGAACUCCCGUUUUCUCUCACAUUGAUUGAAGUUGAGCUUCCAAAUUCUAUUUUCUCCACUAUGGGUGAAUAUAUAUAUAUAUAUAUAUAUAUAUAUAUAUAUAUAUGCGCACACGCACAUUGGAGGCACAAAGCUUACCUUCAAAUGUACUUAUUCAUCAACAGUAAGUGUCCAUCUGUUUGAUUAUUAACGUCACAUUCUCACCCAAUUCCUUUUCUCUCAAAAACUAAACAAAACAAAAGUCUCGCUCUUUAGAUCCAUUUCCAUGUCCAACAUCUCAAAUUUCCAUUUCCCAUCUCUUCUCUCGCUGAAUCAAACUACUAGCUAAUCACUCAAAGAAGGCAAAAAGUUGUCGACUUCAGUCUCUGAUUAAUGAUGGUAGAGACGGCGCCACUAGGGCGGUUCCAGUACCAGAAGCUGGAAUUCAGGCGGUGGAUGCCAGCAUUUUUGUCUUCGCACAAAACCCUUUUCACAGUCCUAUGGAUCGCAGCACUUGCCUCGGUGUUCGUGUGGCAGUGGAACGUAGUGGGAGGGAGGUUCGCUGUGUUUUGGCAGGUGCCGAUGAGGCCUAUACCCAGGCUGAGACCUGUGGCAUUUAAUUUGACGGAUUUUGGCGGAGUGGGAGAUGGGAUCACGUUGAAUACUGAGGCGUUUGAGAGGGCGGUUUUGGCGAUUUCCAAGCUGGGGAAGAGAGGGGGAGGCCAGCUGAACGUGCCUCCUGGGAGAUGGCUUACGGCCCCCUUUAAUCUCACUAGUCAUAUGACUCUGUUUCUUGCUGAAGAUGCUGUUAUACUUGGAAUUGAGGAUGAGAAGUAUUGGCCACUAAUGCCUCCAUUGCCUUCAUAUGGAUAUGGGAGAGAGCAUCCUGGACCUCGCUAUGGGAGUUUAAUCCAUGGUCAAAAUCUCAAAGAUGUUGUUAUAACUGGACACAAUGGAACCAUAAAUGGACAGGGUCAAACAUGGUGGAAAAAGUAUCGUCAAAAGCUUCUCAACCACACAAGGGGGCCCCUUGUACAAAUUAUGUGGUCAAGUGACAUUCUGAUCACUAAUAUAACAUUGAGGGAUUCGCCAUUUUGGACACUCCAUCCAUAUGACUGCAAGAAUGUAACUAUCAGGAAUGUUACAAUUUUGGCCCCCAUAUUUGAAGCCCCAAAUACUGAUGGAAUUGAUCCUGAUUCAUGUGAGGAUAUGAUAAUCGAAAACUGUUACAUAAGUGUGGGGGAUGAUGGGAUUGCUAUAAAGAGUGGGUGGGAUCAGUAUGGAAUUGCAUAUGGACGACCUUCAAUGAAUAUUCUCAUCCGUAACCUUGUGGUUCAAUCUAUGGUCAGUGCUGGAGUAUCAAUCGGCAGUGAGAUGUCAGGUGGUGUAUCAAAUGUCACUGUGGAAAACCUCCUUGUGUGGAGCUCAAGGCGUGCAGUUCGGAUCAAGACGGCCCCUGGAAGAGGUGGAUAUGUUCGACAUAUAACCUACCGGAAUCUAACAUUUGACAAUGUCCGGGUCGGAAUUGUUAUCAAGACAGAUUAUAACGAACAUCCUGAUGAAGGUUAUGAUCGCAAGGCAUUUCCAAAACUUGACGACAUAAGCUUCACUGGGGUCCAUGGUCUAGGAGUUCGUGUGCCUGUGAGGAUACAUGGGAGUGAAGAAAUUCCAGUGAGGAAUGUGACUUUUAGGGAUACGUCACUGGGAAUAACAUACAAGAAGAAGCAUAUAUUCCAGUGUGCCUUUGUUGAAGGUCGUGUGAUAGGUACCAUCUUCCCUGCCCCAUGUGAGAACCUUGAUCAGUAUGAUGAGCAAGAACGGCUCAUUAAGCACUCUGUCUCCCAUAAGUUGACAGAUAUAGACUAUGAUUUUUGACAAAAUAUUUUGUUUUCAAUCUCCUGGGCAUGGCUUUCUUGAGGUCAAUGACUUCAUCCUGUGUCUAUAUGAGCCAAGCUGGAAAAAUCAUCUUGAGCAGUUUAUUGAGUUUUUAAAUUUCUUGACAAGAGUUGUAAAUACAGAAAUUUCUCAGUUGUUUAUACAUCGAUGAGGAGACUGAAAUGCAUAGCAUGUUUUCUACACUUUCCAAAUCCUCUAUAUACAUAAAUGCACAACUACUUGAAUUCUUAAUCUUGAAA